AUGAGUGGACCAGCAGGUGGCUCCAGUCUACCCAGCACAAACCCCGUCUGUCUGUCUGUCUGCUACCUGCUCCCACCACACGCUACCAUGACAGAGUCAAAGAUGAGUACAAUCUGGAUUGUGAAGCUUGCUGUUUGCAGCUUGCUCCUGGCUGCAUUCGUGUUAUUCUCCAUAGCGGCCAUCAGGACUUUCUCCCUGGACGUAAACGCGGGACUUCAGCUGGCUCGCUGGGAAAAGACGGACAACAUAUCUCUGGUCAUCCAGCAGCACGACAGAGAGCAGCUGUUAGCUCGCUUUAAAGAGGCAGUCCGGAUCCCCACGGUGUCUCAGGAGAGCGGAAGCAACGCGUCAGCUCUGCGUCAGUUUGAUGCUUUUCUCCGUAAAGCCUUCCCUACAGUCUUCUCCUCAAGCUUGGUUCAUCAUGAGUUGGUGGCUAAUUACAGCCACCUGUUUCGGGUGCAAGGAUCACAGCCCGACUUGGUGCCAUACCUGCUGCUGGCCCACAUUGAUGUAGUACCUGCCACAGAGUCGGAUGGCUGGGAGGCUCCGCCUUUUUCUGCCACAGAGAUUGAUGGCUUCAUCUAUGGUAGAGGCACCAUAGAUGACAAGUGUUCCCUAAUGGGAAUACUUCAGGCAUUGGAGUAUUUACUAAUUAAAGGCUACAUGCCACGCAGAGGGUUCUACAUUGGUUUGGGUCAUGAUGAAGAAAUUAAGGGGUACGAAGGGGCGAUGAACAUUGUGCGAGUGAUGAAGCAGCGUGGUGUGAAGCUGUCUUUUGUCCUGGAUGAAGGUCUGGCAAUUCUUGAUGGGAUCAUCAGUGGUCUUGAAGGACCUGCUGCUUUGAUUGGUCUCACUGAAAAGGGACAAGCCAAUGUGAAGCUUAGUGUGUCCAUGCCUCCUGGUCACUCCUCGAUUCCUCCCAAAGAGUCCAGCAUCGGGAUCUUGGCUUCAGCAGUCAAAAGACUUGAGGAGAACCCUAUGCCACGACUGUUUGGCCUUGGUCCAGAACGUGAAACCUUUGAGCAUUUGGCUCAUAAGUUCAAGCUCCCACUGAAGUUCAUCAUGUCAAACUUGUGGUUGUUCUCACCACUCCUCAGCAGAGUUCUGGAGAGAAAACCAGACACGAAUGCUUUUGUAAGGACAACAACAGCUGUAACCAUGUUUAAUUCAGGAGUAAAGGUGAAUGUCGUCCCUCCUCUAGCUGAAGCUUUUGUAAAUCUACGAAUCCACUCGGCACAUUCAGUACAGGAGGUUUUAGAUGUUAUCCAGGAAACGGUGGGGGACGAGAGAGUGAAGAUCCAGCUCAUGGAUGGAUUCGAGCCGCUGCCUGUCAGCUCAUCUAAUGAGAGGAGCUUCGGCUUUCAGAUCAUUAAGAAAACCGUGUUGGACACGUUUCCCACAGUUACUGUUGCUCCAGGCAUCUGUGUGGGGAACACAGACAGUCGACACUUCAAGGACCUGACCGGUGACAUCUAUCGCUUUGCUCCUGUCUGGUUUAAACCAGGUGAUAUUCAGAGGUUCCAUGGCUUAAAUGAGCGGAUCUCCAAAAAGAACUACGAGGAACUUGUCGUAUUUUACUUUAAUCUGAUACAAAACUGUGACAUUCAGAGUCUCCCUGAGCCACACAGCUCUGUGCAUGAACUCUAAGGAACCAGGAAAGUCGUCUGAAUUUUACUGGGAUGCGACACUGUAAACUCACCUGAGUUGACCCGAAUCAAAGCACAAUGAAUCUUAAAGCUACUGUAUGUCAGCGGCACUGGAUGGGUCCAAUGGCACUGACUUUGUUUGAUGUCAUUAAAGGUUCAAAGUGAUUUAAAUCAUUGGUACUGGUCUAUUAAAAGUAAUAAUGAUCUUGA